AGAGUGAUUGUGAGAGCGUGAGAGUUUAAUGUAAGAGCAUGAAUUCGUGUUUAAUAAUAAGAUGAAAAACGAAAUGUGCGAAAAGUGCGUAAAAAUGAUGGCUAUUUGAGUGUGAAAGAAGGACGUCAAAAUCACAAAAAAACGAAAAAGACUAGCCCAUCAAAGGAAUCGUGCAAAUAUUUAAACAAAUAACCAAGACGUCCAGUAUUUUGUUACACAAAACUGUGCUAAAUUCUCAAGUGCUUUGCUCUCUUCCCAUUUUUUUUUCUUCAGUCAGCAGCCACAAUUAUUAACAAAAUAGCCAAGCAAAACAAAAAACGCGUUGUUGCUUGUUUUCGACGAGAUAUUUGUGCAAAAGUUCAAUGUUUGCCACAGGAGAGGUUCCGGACAAAAGUUUUGUUAAAAAAAUAUAUUAACCACAUUUAACAACAAAUCCGUGUGAGAGCCAGCCAGCUAGCCUUAUUUUUGUUGCUGCUGCAAGCACAUCUUGGUCAAAUGCAAAAACAAAAGACAUUCAUUCUGUGACCAGAAAGCACAGCAACAACAGCAGCAAAACAUACUUCUGCAACAACAUUACCACACUAACAUAAAACGCCAACAAAAACAGCAAAAGUAACAAAAACAACAACAUCAGUAGCAAUUUAUAUAGAUAUAUUUGUAAACUUGAGCAACUCUGGGUUUUGCCUGUCUCUGCCUCCGUUCCGUUCCUUAUUUUUGUGGUAACAUUUUUGGAUCCUACGACGUAACAACAUUUGAUUGUUUUUGGUUUUUCCGCAAGCUAAGGAAAGGAUGGUGAAGGUAUUGAUGUCAAUGGCAUGCAAAAAGCAAGACGACGAGUCAAUUGAAAUAUAAAGCAACAACAACAACAACAACAUAGGUGACAGCAACAGAGGCACGGGACACGGCAAAAGACAAACAAAAGAUCGUCGUAAAAAAUCCUUUAAUGCAGAUUUUUCUAAAUGAGAAAUUGGCAAAUGUUCCUUAAUGCAAAGUAAGGUAGGAGUACAACAGCAAGUCCAUGUCAAUGUUUAAAUUGAUUUGUAACGAAAGUCAUCACUGGCACAAUGCAAAGUCUGGACUCAUCAUGUCAAGAAGCUGAUUUCAUAAUUAAUGACACUUUGAAGAAGCUUAAAGGUUCCAGUUCGGCAAAUGCGAAUUCGGUAUCUUUAAGUGCAUCGGGUGCAGCAACUACGGCUAUACUUAGACAACAUCAGCAGCAGCAGCAGCCACAAAUAAUAUAUCAGCACAUACCGUCAUCUUCAUCUUCGACGCAUCAGCUGAAAUAUCAACAAUAUCAGCAAUUACAAAGCGCCUUACAAGGCACAAAUGUCGUUUCAUCGUCAUCGGCGACACAAUCUGGGCAGCUGCAUCAGCAGCAACUGCAACAUGUGUUGUCCAGCAACCAACAGUUGUCGCCACCGCAACCUCCCACACCGCCGACACUUGUAUCGACGUCGGCGGCUUUUAAUGUUACAUUUCCCACUAAAUCCUCGCUCAUAGACAACAGUUUGUUGCAUUGUAACAUCUCACAAAUUCCCAGUCAACCUCCGCUAUGUAUAUUCGAUGAUGAUGAGCCCACACCAUCGGACCAACCACCCGCCGAACUUUUGGCUCCUUCGGCCUCGGUGUCGACAACGGCAGCUAGUGGUGGCGGUCAAACAUUGAGCUCCUCUCUAAACUAUGAUAAUUUAGUGCUGCUGAGUCAUGGCCCAAUUUCCAAUAUCAACAACAGCCAUAGUAGUUCCACAGUGCAUCAAAUUGCCAUGGCGGCCCCAUCGCCAUCUAUAUCGGCGUCAACGGCAUUUUCGAAUUUCAAUUCGAUUACCUCACCAUCACCUGUAGUUCCAGAUUUACUAUUGUCUACACCGCCGGGUGUAAAUUCUUCUUCGCAAUCCGUCAAUAAUAACAAUAGCAGCAAUCAUAACAAUAAUAACAAUAACAACAAAAAGGCUGAAAAACGUCCUUCUUCCUCGUCCUCAAGUUCAUCGUUGUCAACAAACCAUACAAACCAUCAACAACAACCACACCAUCACCACCAUCAUUCUCACAAUCAUCUUACACACAACUCACAACACUUGUUAGGUUCGUCAUCCUCCUCCUCAUCAUCAUCCGCAGCGUCUGGGGCAACAGCAUCGCCUACCUCAUCGCCAAGUAAAAGGCAAAAAAUUAAAGACUCCUCUUAUACAAAAAGCUCACAUUCGCCGUCGUUACCACGUUCCACAUCGACUUCCAAUAGCUCAGGUUCUUCGCUGCUGGCUGGUGGUGGUACCAGCACCUCGUCCAUAACUUCCUCAGCCAGUGGGUCCAAACGAGAAUCAUCAUCGCAAAACUCCACCACUGGCUCCUCGUCAUCAUCGUCGUCUACACAUAAGUUUUUUAAUAUUCAUGAGCGUAUUAAGGAUCAUUAUUUUCAGUUGUUGGCCAAUGACUUGAGUUUAUUUGCCGAAACCGGGCUCAAGCAACGAACCCGUUCAUUUGUUUUAGAACGUGUUGUCGAAUGUGAAAGACUCAAUACUAUUGUCGUUAAUUUAUAUCCUGGAAACAAGGGCUAUGCAUUAGCAUUGCACUACGAUGAGCGACAAGUAUUGGCCGCCGAUGCCGAGGGUAUUGGUGGUGCAUUAAAUGACUAUUUAACAUCGUCAUCGGCAUCUAUGAAAAAUGUGUCUAGUCGAAAUUCCAACAUCAUUGUUAAUAGCAGCGGCAGUUGUAUGGGGGGAAUUGGUAGUUCGCACUUGGGCAGUAGUAAACUUUACCCGUCUGCGAUUCCUCCUGAUUUAAAAAGAUCGCACGACCACUUGGCCUCUCCUAGUGAUGUCUUCUCUUUGGAUGCGGCUGCAGCCACUGGCAUAGAAUACUCAUUGGUUGAAGUUCUACGUUGGCCCUAUGAGAAUGACCAAUUGUUGCAAUGCAUCGAUCGCGAAAUUCUUCCCGACUUUUUGAUGGAUAUGCUGGCGGCCAAUACAAUCACCCUACAAGCUCCGCAGGAAGAUAGUACAGGUAUACCACGCAUAUAUGCCAAACCGAAUGUUUUCUAUGCCGGUUGUGUGGUGGCACAAAUACGUGAUUUUCGACAAACCUUUGCCACCUCAACAAAUAUCUGUGAUACGAGGCACGUUCUGUUACGACCCACCAAUGCAACAUUAUUCGCUGAUGUCCAGCACGUUGCUACAACGCUAAAUCAAACCACCUCCGUUUGCGUUCCCGAAGAUAAGAUAGCGCUCGAGAGUCAGCUGGUACUAGCCACGGCUGAGCCACUUUGUCUGGAACCAGAUCCCAGCAUAGGACGGCUUGCCAUUAACUCCCAACACGAGAGGCAAUUGUUUAACACCCAUGAAAUGAGGCGUCAAAUGAAAAAAUAUACACAAAUUUCUAUAAACCGCAAGAGAAAAUUGGAUCAAUUUACGCAUCAUUAUGGCUUGGAAUUGUGCGACUAUCUCACACGAUUGAGAUCACGCCCGAGUCUUGGUGCGUCAAACGCAAGUACGGCUGCGACAGGCGGAAGUGGUGGCAAUCCUUUAGUCAGUGCCACCAUGCUAACCUCGUUUGGUUCGAAGGUACCAAAACGGCCAAAGGAUGUUAUGCGUACCAUUCGACCUCCGCGACUUGAUUAUCCGGCUAACCUGAAAGUACCCGAUCAAUGGAUGAACAUCGAUAAAUACGCCAAAACAAAUGAACGGCCAAGGGAGACCACCGACUGCCAGCCACAGCUUAUAGAAGAGUACAUUUUGGAGACAGAGCGGGAUGAUAACGAGGGUCGGCGUGUAGUCUAUCACAUAAAAUUGUCAAUAUUUCAAAGGCCAUCAAAUUCAGAGUACCUGGGCGAGCUGUAUGUGGAUCGUGACUAUAGGGAGGGUAUACGGAAUGGUGAAUCCUGUCGCUUUCCCUUGGGCACACGAGUACAUGCUAAUCGUUAUAUACAACAGUUUACCGAAAUAUUUACGGAGGAGGGACGCAAAGCGGUGAAGAUUACCCACUUGGUGCCCGGUCAUGGGCCGAAAGUGACGCAUACGGGUAUUACGCCGGAACAGAGGCAGGCAUUAUUGUUACAACAGCAACAACAACAGCUGCAGCUCCAACAACAAAGGCAAGCAGCAUUGCUAGCUGCUCAGCAACAACAACAACAACAGCAACAACAGCAACAGCAGCACCAAACAAUGCAGACAGCCUUACCACAGCAACAACAGCAUUUGGUAGUUGUAGGCCCCAAUGGACAGCAACAACACAUCAUACCAGCCACGGUGCAGCACGUUGGUAGCAUAAAUGCCUCACAAAGUCAACAGGUCCAAGUGCAGCAGCAGCAGCCACAACAUGUUGCCAAAAAUAUAAACAUUGUAAAUGUGACAGGCAACAAUGCUGCCGCUGCUGUAACACACGUCCUAAGACAGCAGCAACAGCAUCAGCAUCAGCAACAGCAACAACAACAACAGCACCAGCAGCAACAAGUAGCUACAACACAAUUUAUAGACGCCAAUGGUGCUACAGUACAGCUACAACAUGCCACACUUACUGCCACCAGUUCUGCCAAUAAUCCAACAAACAAUGCUGGCACAAACACCAUUGCCAGUGGCGGUGGUCCCCAUCACAUACAAUUGCAACAAAUAACCACAACGGGAUCAGGGGUUUCCGGUCAAGUUGGUGGAUCCUCUGGCGGCACUGUACCUGUGACAACAACGCAUCAAUUGAGCUUAAGCAAUGGAUCUUUGGUGUUAGUGCAACAACAUCCGGCAACCAAUACACAAACUGUACAUCAUCAACAAACGACAACACACCAGACGUUGCAGCAUGCCGGCAUCACCAUUCAACCGGCCAACACACCUCACCAACAGCAGCAGCAACAACAACAAGCGCAACAAAAGACGCAAGUGAUUACAACGACACAAUUGAAUUCAUUGACGUCUGGCAAUAAUUCGGCCCUUAGAACACAACUCAGUUCUAAUGUGCCCAUUUUGCAAGCACAGUUGAAAGCGGCUCCCAUUGUGACUGCCACAAGUCAACAGCAACAUCAGCAACAGCAACAGAUUUUGCAUAAACAACAAAACACUGCCAAUAGUUCAACCAAUACUCCCAAUGUAGGAACUGCAAAUACGACAACAACCCUACAUGCUAACCCAGCUAUUAAUGCAAUUGUCACCAGCAUCAUGAAUAGCGCCAAUCAAUGGCAGCAACAGCAGCAGCAGCAACAACAACAACAACAACAACAACAACAACAUCAAAGCACCUCUAAUUCUAACACUUCCACUACCACCACAACGCUGAAGAGUUCAAGUAAUGCUUCCAUAUUAAGUCUGCUAAAUAGUGCUCCGGCAGCUAUGACCAGUACCCCGGUUGCGAGUGGAACAUUUACUACCACUAGUGGUCAACCGUCACAGCAGCAACAGACGGUCACAUUGGUGCAGCACACCACCACCAGCCAUCCACAGCAGCAAGCUCAGCAUCAACAGCAAACGACGACUGUGGUGACAACCGAUAACUACGUGCAAGCGGCUGCAACACAACCACCUCAUCCGACAGUGCCAAAUCAAGCGCAGCGUAAACAAAACGAAGUCUUACAAAAUCUCCUGAAUCCCGGACGAAAGAUAAACAUUGUGAGUAGUGGUGGAGGGGGAGUUUCGGGUGGGACAACAGCAACAUUUCGUACAAAUGCUGCGGGCAAUCUAAUAGCGGUGAAUCUCAAUCAGCCGACAAAUCAACAUCAUCACCAUCAUCAGCAGCAGCAGCAGCAGCAACAACAACAGCAGCAGCACCAGCAGAACCAACAAUUGCACGCAGAACAUGUGCAGACUCAGCAGCAGCAACAGCAGACCACUGUGCGGGUGUCAAUGUCUGCGUUGGCUUCCCAAUUAGCCUCACCGCCGGCCAUCAUGACUAAUAGCACGAAUUUUGGUGGAUACACCUUGAGUACAGUAAGUGGAAGUGGGUCAACUGGAGGUGGCGGUAGUAUCAAAAUACUCAACAGUGGCAUACAACAACAGCGGGUCUUGGCGAAUGCCUUGCGUAGGGAUUCACUCAACAACGUUUCACAAGGUCCUCCGAAUGCUAUAGUUGUUGGAAUGGCUGCUCCGUCGCCUGGCUCAGAUUCGAAUGCCUCAAAUGCCAGCGGUUUUGCCGUACCCCAGGCAACAUCUAGUGGUGGCGGAGGCGGCAAUGCCGGUAGCAACGCUACAACUUUAAAUGCCUUGUUAGCUAAUGCCACACCAUCCCCCUCAGGUUCGGAUCACUCGCAAUCUUCACAGAAUCAAAAUCAGAGUCUUCUCGAGAGACUGAACAGUGGAGGUGUGACGACGGGCGCCGCAUUGCCCAAUAUGUCGCCGCAGCAGCAUAUACCUCCUCCAACUCCACAGCAACAGUAUAUAACAAAAACUCUAGUACAAUCCCCCGCCAACUCUUCAAUACAUUCACCAAUGUCUAGUCCGCAUCCACAGCCUUCUCCAUCGCCCCAUCUGCCGCCUCCGCCCGCCCAGCAGCCCCCGCCACAGCAACAACAACAACAGCAGCAAAGCCAACAGCAAACGCAAACAACGACACUCAACUUGCAGGGCAUCAAUUUCUCCACCCUUCAAGGAGCCAUGGCGAAUUUCCCCGGCCUACAAAAUGUUCAAGUUCAAAUUCCCGGCUUCAAUCAGCCCAUUUCGCUGCAAUUAACUGGAGGAAGCAUACAAGCCGUACAGCAACCUGCUCAAUCUACGAAUGCCGUGUCGGUGGUGGCUACCAGUGUAAAUUCUGCCGUAAACCAAACUAGCAACAACAGCAGUGCUGUUGUGGCAACACAAAAUUCCAACACUAGUCAACAACAAUCCCAUCCUCAACAGAGGAGUCUUUUAGUGUCCGUGCCAGUUAGUUCGUCGGCGAAUCAGCAACAGCAGCAAGGCAGUACGCAACACACCAUCACAUUGCAGCCGCAACAAUUACAUCAGCAACAUGCAUCCACAGCGACUGGCACCAUAGUUAAUUUGCAAACGGGAGCUGUGGCCACCGCCACGGGUGGCACUCAAACUGUGGUCCUUACAAAUAACGCUGGUGGUGGUGGCGGUGUUGUCUGCAGUCCCGCAAAUUCAACAGGAGGCAACAAUGCCAGCGGUAAUUCGGGAAAUACAGGCACAACGAUGUUAACAUUACCCAUUGCCCAACUGGUAGGAGCCGGUGUACAAAAAUUGAAUCCUUCUGCGUUGAGAACCACCAGUACGGUUUCCGGAGUCACCUCAUCCAAUGCGGCCACAGGUGGUAGUAUUAUAGUGCAACAGCAGCCACAAAGCCAACAGCAAAGCGGUGGACACCAACCGCAACAGGCCACCAUUACGGUUAGUAGUACGGGCGCUGGCAAUCAGGGAAACCAGGCAAUUCAAUUGGUCGGCACUAUACAACAGGGUGGACGCAAUAUUCAAGUUAUGGGAACGAAGCAGUUAACUGGUAAUCGUCAGAUAAUAACACAGCGGCAAAUUGGUGGUUCUACAUUAAAAAUAGCAGCAGCUAAUCCAAUCAAUGCCACUUCUAAUACAAAUAUUACCUCAUCAGCCAAUCUUACUGCCACGCCCAUUGUGAUGUCCACGCAAAAGUUGCAACUAAAAACCAUAAAGACCUCAGCUGCUCAGCAACAAAGUCAACAGCAACAACAACAUCAACAGCAGCAGCAACAUCAACGUAUUCUCAAUCAAAUAACAGCCACCUCGCAGUCUUCUUCACAAGUGCAGCAACAACAGCAGCAGCAGUCACAACAGCAGCAUCAGACACAAACCGUUAUAAUAGGACAAGCGAACGCUCAGCAAACCGCAAUGCAACAAACCACCACCCAACAACCGCAACAGCAGCAGCACAUUCAAAUAUCGGCUAGGGCGGGUAGCAAUUUAACACAACGUGCCAUUACAGCCAUUGUAGCUAAACAGCAACAGCAGCAGCAACAAGCCGCAGCCAAUCGAAGGCGUUCUGCAACUGAUGUAAAUAAAUAAUUCCAACAAAUUUCUCCACACACUCUUCACCACGUUCAAACACAAAAACAUUUAUGAAUCGCCAAAGCCUUAGAAAUUACAAGCCUCCAGAGGAGAUUCUAUAUUUUCUAAGAUUUCUGCUGUAAGUUUACAAUCUUGAGGCAGUUUCAACAUACGCAUCGCAGUUUUUAAUGUGGCAUCCCAAUGAGAUUUGAAUAUCCUGAAUAACUAA